AUGACGUCGUGUGAGACAUUAUCACCAGAAAAAUUUGUCAAGCAGAUUGUCUACCAAAUAUGGCUUGGUUUUUCAUGUGCUAUACGAGGUUUUAUUCUUUCAUGGAAUAAUACUUAUGUAUGGCAAACACAAAAACGUUCACUUCUAUCUCUUCUUGUUUGUACAAUUAUUAUCUAUACUACACUUGUUAUUGCCUUUCUACCAUUUCGUUUGAUCAUUUGGCUUAUUUCAUUUGCUUAUAAAUUUGCACCAUCAGUAAUAGAAUGGUUAGAACAUGUUUCAUCAGCACGAACACUUCUAUUUAAACUUUUGUCAUUUAUACCACUUCUUGCUGUAUUUGUUAUGAACAAUUUAUUAGGAUAUGAUAAAUUAUUCUUUUCUGUUCUUGCUUCUGUUAAUCCAUCAUUAGCCGAACGUCUUAAUUCUCGUGCACGUCAAUCAUUUACAAGUUCAUUAUAUUUCUUUGCUCGUCGUGCCUUAUUAAUAUUUGCUACUGUAACAUGUGUUCAUUUUCUUCGUUCAAUACCAUAUUUAGGUCAACUUAUACCAGCUCUUUGGGUAUUGAAAUAUGCACGUUAUACAAUAACAAAUACAAAACAUGUUUAUUUACGUACAAUAUUUUUCAUUCUACUUUUUCUAUUAACAAUAUUUAAAUCACUUCAAUCAUAUACAAUAUCAUUAUUAUAUUUACAAAUGGCAAGUACAGCUUUAGCUCGAGAAUUAUUUGAUACAUAUUUAUCACGUAUACAUACACAUACAUUAAAAAAUCAUCAACCAAUAACUAUUAAUACACAUCCUCCACCAUCAAAUUAUCAAUUUUUAGGUUUCCUUGUUCCAAGAUUAUUUCAUCCAUUAUUAAAUUGGCGAAUUAAUUCUAAUAUUGAUACAUCAUCAAGUGAAUUAGCAUUACCACAUAGAAAAAUAACACAUUUUUUACGUGAAAAUUAUUUUCUUUUACUUGCAUUUGCAUUUCCAUAUAUAUUCCUGUUUUCAAUUCCAUUAUUAGGAUUUUUUUGUGUAGGAUUUGCACAUGGUGCUGCUGCUUAUACACUUGCUAUUAUUACAAAAUAA